AUGGAGAUACGAGCAGCUUCCCUGGCCAACAUGACCGACAUAGAAAAAAGCGUCAAAGAUUUGGUCACGGAGAAUAAUCUAAGGCUAGUUGGCCUUCUGGCCCCUCCCCAGGAUGUGAGGGAAACAACUGCGGGGAGUGUUAUCGGUGGAGAAGCUCCCGAACAGAACCACGAUGUGUCACAACCUCCGAAGAGGAGGAGGACAGCGGGAGUGACUAUCAGGGAACCCUCCAGCACCCCUCGAGCAGCUGCUGCCCCUGCUCCUUUAGGAAAGGGCAAACAAAAGGUUUCUGAGGACCUCGAACUCAUUCUUGAAUCUUCAGAUGAGAACGAUCUGUUCGAGCUUUACAGUGAACCUGUACCCGCUGCUCCUUCGAGCAAGAAAAAAUGGAGUAGGCCACACCGAGGUGAAAGCAGUAAGAACCCUCCGACGAAAAAAGCUCAGACCGGGGAUCCUCCAGUGCCAGUUCCUUCUUGGGUAACCACACCUCCUCUGGCUCCCCUCGACCAGACGUCUCCCCCAGCCCCCGUCGAUCAGACCCCUCCUCCAAUACCUGCCGAUCAGACACCUCCUCCAGCACCAGCCGACCAGACACCUCCUGAUCAAACAGGAGAUGCCUUGACGAGAAUCGUGCUUAGCUUGGCCAAGGAAAGGAUGACUAAACUAUCGAGGCAUCGACACAGCUGA